AUGUUAACUCAUUUACCAAAAUGUGCAUCAUUGAUACAAGAUGAAAGAUCUCUGGAGUACGACCGAUUAACAAAGAGACUAGAGAAGUCAAUCAUUGAGAACUCCCUCUACAGAUUAGCUACCGAUAUUAAAUUUUUGUAAGGCUUUUAUUCUGUUCACUCUUUCAAUCAGGAGGAGAAGGAGAAGCUUUUCGCUCUAUUGAUCGAAUACAGUCUUCAAAAGUAUGUGUAUAGUACGAAACAUUUAUUCUAAACCCCUUGCACUCCAAAAAAAAUUAAACUAUUUCUGUCAGCAUUCACCAAGAAGAUAUGCAAUAACAUUUAGAUUAAAUAUGAAGAUCUCAAACAAAUUUACGACGAAGUCAAUCAGAAUGGCUUAGAUACAACCUUCGACAACACCGAUUAAUAAAUUAGGAGAGGAAUUUAGUGCUUGCAAGAGUAAGAUUUUAGUUUACAAAUAGAUUUUUCGCGUUAUUUCGACACUUAAUUCCACCAAGUUACUUCCCCUAAUUGAUAGAAAAUUAUUUGCAAGGCGAAAAUCUCAAUCAGAGGUUGUUUAGAGUAGUAAAGUCUGAGCCCAUCUCAACCUACACAAAGAGUUUUGAGAUGCUGAUAGAAUUUAAGAAGUCUUCGCAUGUGAUUAGACAAUUGGAUCCAUUUUUGAUAGCCUAGUUGAUCUCGUAAAAUUAUAACACCCUACCUUUAUAGAUAUCGUCCCGAUUUGCCAAUCGACAAUUAUUUGGACUUCAUUUUGGAGGAUAUUUACAAUAGCUUUAUAGUGCUUUUGUUAAAUAUCUAAAAUUUGUCUAAUUAGGCUCCCAUCUAAAUUCAUCAUGGCGGCAUGAGACCCUCAGACUUCAUUUAACCAUUGGUCUAUUUGAUUGGGUCAUCAUAGAUCAGGUCUAAGGUGUGGGAUACAAUAGAGAGGAUGUUUUUGGUGAUUUCAGAUUUGAUUCAUCCGAACAAUGCAACAUCCAAUGAUUUUGUUUUCUCCUUUUUCUAUAUGUUCGUUAAGACUUUUGUUGAAAGAGUGGAGGCUUAGAAUCAAUAGUAGGAGAAGAAUCAGGAGCAGGAGAAUGUGUUAGAAAGUAUCGAUGUUUAUUUAAAUUAGACAACAUAUUUACAAAGGACGAACAAUUGUUUUUGUAGGAUGAGGAGAUGAACGAUAUGGAUGAGGAGGAGGAGGAAGAGGACGAUGAUAAUGACAAGGAGAAGGUGUUUGAUAAGAAGGAAUUCAUGAUUGAUUAGGAAGGCAUAGAUAAAUUUAUAUCUAUUGUCAAACCACAUUUAAAAUAUUUAAUUUAUCAGAAGAACAGAUUCAAAAUUUAAGUGGCAGGAAUAUACAAAGUAAAUUUGGAUAAUUCAUCGAUAGUCUUUAUGUAAAUUGAGACCUAAGGAGAUUUUACCUUAUGUAAUGGAGUAGAUUUAAUUGGCAUUGGAGAGGGAUGAUAUGAAACCAUUACUCAUAAUACACAUUAUUGAGAAGAUUUUUAGGCCAGCAAUUCAAUUUGAUUAAUAUCCCCAAAUAAUCAACUACAUCCCAUUUAUAUUAAGACAAACGACCAAUUUCAUUUUGGAUAGUGGAGAGCAGAUAUGGAGAUUUUAUGACAUUCUGUUUCAGCAUAUUCCUAUUUACGAAAUCAAGGAUCUGGAAGCUCAAUAUCCAAAUCUAAAUCUGCAAGAUGGUAUUCAUCAAUUCAAUUAUUAGAAAUGAAGAUCGAUGACAUCAACUUCUAUUCGAUCACCUAAGAAAUCAGCGAUUUGGCAUUGGAAGCCUUCAGAAAAUAUGUUUCGACAUUUGAAUAUAGUGAUGUCAAAUAUCACAGCAGUCAAAGAUGCUCAGAGAUUAUAUUUUCAACUAGAAAUAAAUUCUAUAAUUUUGUAUUCUAGAGUUCCAAAUCAAAUUACAAAGAAAUAGUCAAUAUUGUUUGCAAUUAUUUGGACGAUAAAAUACUCAACAACCUUUCAGAUAACUUUGUUUUGCUUCUUUAAGCCAUUAUUUUGAGGGAUCCUACUGUUCUAAAAGAUGUUUUGACUGUAAUUUAGAAUCAACUCUUGAGACAAACAAAAGAUCAUUAUGAGUUUAAUAUUUCGAACAUCACAACAAUUAGAAAUUAUUUAAUUAUAAUCUAUGAAACUAUUUAGUUUUCAGGAAGUGUGAAUAAAUAGUAUUAUCAAAUUCUGAAAUGUAUAAUCGAUCUAAGUUUGAAGCAUGAAGAGACUAAAAUACAAUAAGCAGGUUAAAAUAUAUUGGCUUGUCUACUCAUGAGUUAAGCAGCAAUUCACAUUAGAGACUUUUAAUUUACCAAUGAUCCUACUAUCUAAUUGGAUUGGUUGAAAUUGAAGUAAAAGGGCAAGCAGGAGAAAUAUAUACCAAAAUGGUAAGAAAUCGAUGAUCAAGAAUUUAUCAAAUAAAUUAUGGACGAUUAUUAUCAUCCAGCUCUUUAAUAAAUUCGAGAGAUCAUUACAUAAAAGGGAGACAACAAGUCUUUCCUAGAAUAUUUAAAGAAUGAUUUUCUAUCACAAUAUGAAUAGCAAUAUCAGUUGGAUACAAAAUAAAAUUGCCAACAGAUUGAACUUAAAAUCAGGAAGAAUCUGUCUCUGAAUAUAGACGUCAUCUAUGCAUUUCUGAGACCACUCUAUUUUAGAAUGAAACAAUACAACGAAGAUUCAAGUGAGACAUUCAAGAAAUUCCAAGACCAAUAUUGUUUUGGUGUUUUAAAUACCAUGUACAAUGAAGUAAACAUAUUACUAUUAUUAAGAUAAUUCAAUUUUGCAUUGAUUUUGUGCCUGUCUAUAUUAAUAAUGGAUUAGCUUUGGAUGGAAAACUGGCUACCAGUUUUAUCAAUAUCAUCAAGUUGUUAAUACAUGAGACAUCUGAUAAAAUUCAAAGAUUGGGCAAGUGGUUGUAAGUGAAAACUAGAUCAUCAGAUACGAACAAGAUCAAAUUUUAUAAUAGAUUCUAAUCUUAGAUGUUCUAUACAUAUUUAUUAAAUAAUAGAAUCGAUUAAAUCUAUUACAAUCAAAUAAUGAAUCAAUAAAAUAAGGAGUACUUUAUUGAAAUUAAUAAUUUAGAAUGCUUUUGAUAUCAAUCCCAUUCCUCUUUGAUUCCAAUGAAUUUAGUUACAAAGUCAAUUGGAUUUGGCUAUCAAGCAGAAUGGAAUUAUUGGAUGAUCGAGAAUGGCUAUAUGAUUUGUUUAAGAAAUUGUAUGAGCAACUUAAAACAGUAUUCAAAAAUAAAUGGUUCAAUUAAUAAUACAUUGAAAGUUUGAAUGAAACUGAAAAAUAAAAACUGUCACUUUUCCAGAAUCACUUUACUAAAGGAUUUGCUAAUUUCGUCAGUAUCGUAUCCAAUCUAAAUCCUGGAUUGUUCUUAGAUUCCUAUUAGAUAUUUGAUUGCGCAUAUCAAAGUACAAUUUGAUUAUUCUACUGUUAGAUUUGAUAGACAAAGUGAAUAGAGCUGAUUUCAAUUUGGAUGUGUUAAGUUUAGUGUAAAAAAUAUCCUAAGCCAGUGUGGAACUAAAUCAAGCAGAUUUUGAUAGAAAGCAUAGUAUAAAUAAUAAUAGAUUGUAGUUUUGAUCAUAAAAAACUAGGAGGUCUAAAAAUACGUUGAUUCUAUUUUUGAAUAGAGAAAUCAAUAUUGGUUGGAACAGUAAACGAGGAUAAGCAAAAGUUUGGUAUCUUUGAAUGAGAAAUUAAACUCAAUAGUAGAAUUUUGGUUGAGCAUUCCAAUUGAUGCAGCCACAUCUAGAUAAUUGAUCACUAAUGGAUGUGCUCUAUUAUUGAUGAGAACUGAAGAAUUGCCUCAAUUGAAUGAGAAGGUCAUCUUGAAAGCAUUCCAUUGUUGUAUCAGUUAGGAAUUCAAUAUUCGAAGUUUAGGAAAGCUGUUGCUGUAUAGAUUAAUUUAGAUCUGUGUUUUUAAACACAAAUCAUACAAAUAUAUAACAAGAAAGCAAGAGGAUUUCUAAAAUGCCAAUAUCAAUUUGGAUUAGUACAAUGUCUAUAGAUUUAUAUUGGCUGACGAUUAGAAAUAUUACAAAUUGAAUGAUUAUCACAGGAAGGGCAAGAUAUUAUUAUACAACUCCCUUAAAUACACUGAGAUACAGAGAGAAGAAGCUAAGAAACAAUUUAAGAUUCUCAAAUCCAUCAGUCCAGAGUAAUGGCAUCAAUUUAUCAACUUGAUGAUCAUUGAUUAGAGUGUAUUAGAUUAGUAGCAAUCAUAAUAGCCAAUUAUGCUAUUCUAAUUUAAUUAGGAUAAAUCCUCAAUAGCAAAUCUAUUCAACGAUGUCGAUAAUUAAGCCAAUGAACAAUUCUUUUAUAAUUCCUAUAUGUAGGCUCCAAUCAGAUUUAGUUUGUUAUAUAAGAAAGUGCAGUUUAUGAAAUAUCUAUUUGCCAUUACAGAUUACGAAGUGUUCAAUCAUACAAAGCAUUUGAUUGAUCAAAACAAUUUAGAUCAAUUGUCCUUUUAGAGAAUAUAUCUAUCAGGCUUACUGUAUUCUUUGCAUUCCUCUUGGGAUUGUCAAUAUAAACAGCAGAUAAUCGACUAUUGCAUAGACAAAUUUGAGAAGAUAAUCAUGGACUAAUCCAGAGAUGAAUUUAAGACAUUCUAGUAUUACCUACACGUAGCCUUAUCCAGAUGCGACCUCAGAAAGCAGGAACAAUUCUUGCUUUCUAUUUUAGAAAAGGUGCAAAAAGAGAACGACAACAAAAAGUUGAGAUGGAUCUUCUUGUUUUAUACUAUUAUUGAAUCUAAGAAACAUCAAUAGAUUAAACUAUUAGACAACAUUCUUCAGACCAAUGUAGAUUAUUCGAAUUUGAAGGCAGUUCAAACAUUCAUUCCACUGAUCAUUGAUUAACAGAAUAAAUAUCCCCAUAACAUUGAACUGUUAUAGGAGUUUGGUUUGUUAGAGCAAUUCAGAUAGCAAACUGCAAUUUUGGUGGAAUCAAAGUACUUCAUCUUUGAAAUUUCGGAGUUGUUUUCUAAAGGACUGAAUAUCUUGGUGAAUCAAUUUUAGCAAUAGAAUAUCAAUGGGAAAAUAAACAUCAUAGAAACCUUGUUUGAAGGUUGGAAGUCUAAGAAGUUCUUCAUCAAUCCAUAUAUAUUAUAAAGAAUGUAACCAAUAGUUGAGUAUUUGCUGACAAUAAAUGAGGAGAACAAUUUAUAACAAUUAACUUAGGGAUUGUAGAUCUUUUCAAACAUAAGAAUUAAAGAGUGUACUAUUACUUUAAUUUAACUGACAUUGAAUUUAUUGAAGGUAUCCCAAAAUGCUGUCAGAGUAAGACAAUUGAACUUUUUAAAAGUACUAUUAUGAAAUUAUACCUAGAUACUCACAAAAGAGAUAUUGCAUAUCAACAGACCUGAAAUAUUGGAGAAUAUUGCCCAGUGUUUGUUGGAUGAAAAUAAGGUAGUCAUGUAAUCAUGUUUUGAACUUACCACCCAAUUGAUUUAACAAAUGACUCUGCAAGAAGUCAAUUAAUAAUUGGAAAUCUAUUUGAAAUAAGUACAUUUAAUAUAUAGGUUUAGGCUACGAGCAAGGAUACUGAACUUCAAGGCAAAUAGGUGUUAAUGGCUAUGAUAAUGGCACAUCCAAGAUACACUUAAUCAUGGAUCAAUUAAGUGUUGAAAGUAGUUUUAGAGAAACAGAAUAAGUUGCUAUAAUAGUAGAAGACAUUUGCAGCCAACUAUUUGAAACUGUACAGGGCAAACUAAUUGAUGGAGAUCGAGGAUGUAUAGAUUUAGAUAGAGUUUAUCGAGAAGAUGAGUGAACUGUCAAAUCCUUAUAAUUAUUUUGCUUGAGACAAGAUAUUAUCAUAAAUAUAUAUAUAUAAAUAUUCU